AUGUCGGCCGCAGCUUUUUCCUACGCGCAAGCCGCCAGAGGGCGAACGGUUUCCCAACCGAGUCAACAAGAGACAUCAAGCCCUGCCCCUUCGACAACUGGCUCUCAGGGCAAAGAUGACGCCUCUACCGGCGCCACUUCCGUAACAGCGCCGUCGGUUACCUCGACCAGCCCGGAUAUCCGGGAUACAGAGCAAACGGCCCACACUCUAGUCGAGAAUGGGUUUUCGAAACAAGACCCCGAAGCCGCCUCCGUUGCCGGCUCCAAUUCCUCUUCAGCAUCCGUCGCGGAGCAACCCGACAAGACGACUGAAGAUACUGGCGCAAAAUCGAUCGACGGCCAGGCCACGUCCCGGAGUCAGAGCGAGGAUAAGGCCUCUCGUUCUACCAGCAGGACCUCCCGGGCCAAUGACGGCGCAGAGGGCAGGAAAGGCCGGAAGGGUAAGAAGGGCCGUUUCAAUGACAAGGAAGCGCCAACCGAUCAAAAUCAGGAAGAGGACGCCGAGAAGGUGAAGGAGCCCCCAAAGCCCGUCAUCCUCACAGAGGCACCCCUCCCCACUGUCAACCCCUGGGCAAAGCGCAUGGAGGCACAGAAGGUAGUCCAGGUUAAGGGCUCGGACGCACCCGCCGCCGACGGCGAGUCGAAGCCAAGCCCCUCGUCGGAGGAAGCCGGCUCGCGCGGCACCGUGUCUAGUGGCGUUAACGGAGACAAAUGGCCACAGAAGAAGUCAACUGAGGCAUUGCGGCUCGCCGAUCAAGCACCACGCCGAAGCGGUCCGCGCGGCAGCCGUGCCGGCGACAAGGACGAAAAGAGCUCAGUGGCCUUGCCUCCAGUUGCGGAUCCUACGUCAUGGCCAGAUCCCAAGUCUGCCGCAGAACGAGAGCAGCCCGCCCGCAAGGCACAGGAGAAGAUUGAUACAGUCGUCGAGAAAGAGAACUUGGAUGAGGCUGGUCCGACGCGGAAAAAGACAUGGGAAAAGCUCGAGAUCGUACAUUCGGUAGUUUUCGAGACCCAACUACCACCGCUUCGUGGAUCCAAACCGCGCGGCGGUGCGGCCCGAGGCGGUCGUGAGGCAGGUUCAAUGAGGGGUAGCCACCCCGCCACUGCCGCUGCCGCUGCCCCCCAGACCACCACCGGCGCUGUGAGUGACAAGGUACCUUCUCCCGGUGGCUCCGCGGGCCCCAAACCUACUACCACUCGGCCUCGUGAGGGAAGCAUCCCUUCGCGCGGCGCGUCUCUGCCGAAACGUGCCUCGAUUGAUGUCGCUUCGCGAGACCAGCGCAAGCCAACCGUGCCCAGCAGCACAACGGAGCAGGCUCGUGAUACCAGUCUUGAUGCCUCAUCGUCAUCGAAGCGGGCCAGUGCUACAAGGGACAUCCGCCUGGAAAACGAUUCCUUGAGCUCCGAAGGUGGGCAAACCGCUGCCCGAGCCGCACCCCAAGACCGUCAAAGCUACCAUGCCAGGGGCGAAUACACCAAGGAUAGCCAGCAGUACCCGCGGGACGGCCGGCCGGAGCGCGGCCGCGGGGGUUUCCGUGCCCGCGGUGGCCACAAUAACUCGUCACAUAUCCCCUCGGCGUCGUACCCUACCAAUGGCCACUAUCCAGCGCCCAGCAGUUUCCAAUCCCGCCAGAACCCCAACGCUCAUAGCCCCCCGCCUUUCUCAAACCAAUUUCCGGUAUCAUUUGGCCACUCGUCAAGGGGGAGAGGAAACAAAUGGGCUAGCUCCAGCCAGUCCGCCGGACGCAACGGCGCCGGUGCCACCGGGUUCCCGCCCAAGGUCGCCCAGGCGAACGAGUUUGCGGUUGGUCAGUACCCGCCGUACAUGUACUCGCCGGUUUUUGAUGCCUCGGUCCCCAUCCUCAAGACUCAAGUUGAGUACUAUCUCUCUGUGGAGAACCUGUGCAAGGAUUACUAUCUUCGACAGCACAUGGACGGCCAGGGUUUCGUUCACCUCGCCACGAUCGCCGCGUUCAAGCGCAUCAAGGCCCGAACUGGGACUCCCUAUGCGAAGCCGGAUCCCCAAUUCGCCACUCACUUUCCUGUCCCGAUGGUCCCUCAGCCGUACCCCCCUGCUGCUGUCGGCGGCUACCCGGCGUUUGCCGAGGACCAGAUGUACCAGCCGCCGUUCGUCAACGGAGCCGCCUACGACCCUUCGGUCACUAAUGGCGCGCUGAACGGCCAUCACCAUAGCCAUGAGACCCGGUUGUCUGCCGGUGUUCCCGAAUACGCACCUCCUCAGUCCCCAGUUACAUUGGAAAGCAUGACAAAUUUUCCGGACUCUCAGGUGGAUAACCUGAUGGUGGUUUUGGAUUACGACGACAAGGGUAAUGCAGGCCCAGCCGGUCCUGUCAGCGUGGCCGGUUAUGUCUCGGACAGCAACCAGGCUGCGACUUCACACAACGUCAGCGGAGAGGCGGGAACCGGCUCUGCCAGUGCUGAAGCGGGCCAAUCCGAACGGGGAAUCGUUUGGGUUGAUGAACAGGCAUCUGCCCCCACUAAGGAACAGAGAGACCGAAAGCCGUACACCGAGAUCCGCAAGGCGGCUCUUGAGCAGCGGCAGACUGCCAAAGCAAGCGAGACUCCCAAGGAGAUGCAGAAGCUCUAUAAAUUCUGGUCGCAAAUGCUUCUCAACGACUUUAAUGCCAAGGUCUAUGAGGAGUUCAGAGGCCUCGCUUUCGAAGACGCCUUGCGGGAAGCUCCGUCGAGACAUGGGCUGAAGUCUCUUCUCGAAUUCUACGACAAGCUUCUGCUCAAGACUAACACUCGAAAGCCUUGGCCCCAAGACCGAGCCGUGCCUGAGAUCUUCACGGCUCACAUGAACGAGGCUAUGGAGCUCGACAACAAGCUGAGCGGAAAGGACGCGGCCAUGGCCUGA